AUCUGCCAUCUACUUGGAGUCAAAAAGACUCUUGUAUACAAAGUUUUACGGCUCUUUCCCUCACAGCAUAUCCAUAGCAAGAAUACAGGCCAGCAUCGCAUUCUCACCAUUGAUGAUAUCGCUUUCAUCACUGCCAUCCUUCGUCACCAUCCUACAAUGUAUCUCGAUGAAUUACAGCAUGAAUUACACUCUCCCCGCGGUGUGUUUGUGUCCGUGCAAACACUUCUUCGCACAUUUCAGCAGCUACAUCUCAAUCGCAAACACAUCUCCACUUAUGCUCUUAUUUCUUCCUCUCAGUAA